UGUAUCUGUAGAUUCAAAAUUGUGCGCUUCGGUAUCGGCAGUGAUGCUACGCUUAGUGUGCAAUGUAGCGACUGGGUAGCAAUUCCAACACCCUACGAGACUUCUGAAUUCAGUUUAUCGUCAAACAUCUACUAAUACGGUUUUUCGAUGCGAAGCUCCUUAUCAUUCUGCCUAUUCACUAGCAUGUCUACCAUUUUAAAUUCUUGUCGAGUAUUUGCAUCUUCCACUGGCAUACGGCGAGUAUCAUCAGAAUGCUUCGAAAACGUGUUACAUCACUCAGAUAGAAUCCGUCAUGUCAGUCCAGAAGCAGUCCACUGGUUUCCAGGACAUAUGCAUAAAGGAAUGGAGACUAUUCGUUCUAAAAUGCCGCUCGUUGAUGUCAUCAUUGAAGUCCAUGAUGCACGGAUACCUUUCUCCGGUAGACCAGAUUUUUUUCGGAAGUUUGAAAUAACGCGUCCAACAGUUUUACUUCUGAACAAAACUGAUUUAGCUGAACCAAUCGGUAACAAACAGGCAUAUAAAGCUCGUAUUGUUGAAGAAUUACACGUUGUCAAUCGUAGUCCACUUGAAGUUCACUAUACUCAACUCAAUGCACCUGAAAAACAAAAACGAACUUUGAAACGAUUAUUGUCCAGUCUACCUGAUUUAGCUAACAGUGGAGGGUGUCCUUUCAGUUCAACCAUAACUGUAAUGGUUAUGGGUAUACCGAAUAGUGGGAAAAGCACAUUGAUCAAUGCUUUACGAGAUAUUGGCCAUGGUGGCUCUGGUGGUGCAGCAAGAGUUGGCCGUAAUGCAGGUCAAACUCGUUCCGUUGGCCAACCAAUUAUAAUAUGCAGAGGAAAAUCAGACAAUAUAGGAGAUAAUAUUGACCAUCGUGUGACCAACCCUGGUGAUUAUACAAUUCAGGUAUUUGAUAGUCCUGGUAUUUUGGAACCUCGUGCUCGAACUUUAAGUGAACGGUUGAGCCUUUGUGUUUGUGGAGCUGUUGAUUUGUCAUCGGUUCAUCAAGAAUUACUUGUCGAUUAUUUAUUAUUUUGGUGGAAUUAUCGGCAACGUACAGAGUAUAUUUCUGUUUUUGAUCUUCCUGGUCCCACAAAGGAUGUUAAGGAGUUAUUGAUCCAUGUAUGCAUUAAGCAUGACUUUUUUAUGCCUGUUGCAAAUCAAACGUGGAAAGCCAAUGAAAUUGAAAGUUUCGAUGAAUUGUCUACAAAUGAAAUUCUUCGAAAGGAAAAGGCGCCAGAUAUUCAACGUGCUGCUUCAUAUGUUCUUAAAUUAUUCAACAACGGAUAUUUUGGUCGUGCUACUUUCUUACCUGAAGAUGAAGUAGCAGCUAGUAAAUUGUUUCGUCUUGCCAGUAAACGUUGAAAUUAUUCUCACUGAAUGUAAUUUCUUGUGAUUUUGUACAGAAUACUGAAAACGUUUUGUAAAUAUAUAGUGUAAUAAUCAGCUGAUUAACUAACUUUUCAUAACCUGACUUGAAUCGAUUCGCUUGACUUGUGUGGUUGUCAUUAUAUAUAUAUACCCUCGUCCUAAUUUUACUCAAUUGAUUGAUUUUCUGUCCAGCUACUAUCACUUUUUCUGCCUGAUAUUUUCUGCAUUUCAUCUGAGUUUAUGAUCAGAACAGAACUGUACUAACAUGCAAUGGAUCGUUUCAGCUGUAAAGCAGCUUUUAAAAUGGAUUGUGGAAAGAAGGCUAUUUGUACGGGUAAAAUAUCAAAAUGAUGCUGAACAGUGAAUUGCCAUGAGUUGAUGAGUUACUAUGGUGAUACAUAAGAUAGGAUGAAGAGUAUAUUUUUUGUAGCUUAGGUGGAUAAUGUUGGUGGUACUGUGUUGUCUGAGUUGAUUGUUUUAUUUGUAAAGCUUUUAUUGUCUUUCUAGACAAUCUCCUCAGGACUAACUUCAGUAUAGGGUGAACUAUUCGGAUUUCUCAUUGAGAGUGAUUUAGUAACUUGCCAUACUGAAGUAGUUUGUGAUUUUCAGUUUCAAUUGAUAGUUGUCUUAUUGACUGCAUAGGCUUUCCUAUUGGUCAUUUCUCUGACCUUGAAGUUUAUCGUUUUUCUUGUUGGUUAAUAGAUUCGGCCUAUCUUUUCACCUAUUUUUUAUUGAUAGACCCGAAUACUAAGCUUCCAGGGAUUCUCUGAUAUUCUUCAGAUUUCGUUUGUUCAAGAUCUCUAAAUUUUAAUGCUAAUAGUUAUCCGCAUUCACGCAUAUGGGAGAUGAAAUAUCGUGUUGUUUAAUUACCGACUGAUGCCCCUGUAAAC